AUGGCGGAGAAUGUACGGUCGCCUUUUGACUACCGGGAGCCACCGACCCUCGACAGCGACGGGGAUGGGAGCAAGCCACCGCCGCCACGGGGCCGCGUGUGUGGGAGAAAAAGGAAGGGGACACCUGUGAAGGUGUGUGACCGAGCGUAUGUAACAGAAGAUGAGGAGGAGGAGAGCAUGUCAGAACACAGCUACAGCCCAGGUGAUGGCCAGUACCCAGAGGGCGCAGAAGACCGCCUCCCUCCACCUGGCAGUCCCUACUACCUGCCUGAUCCUACUCAGCUCUGUGUGCCAGAGUUGGGUGAGGAAGGGGCGAGUGGUGUUCGGGGGCCUGUGCUCUUCCAUCCACCACCCAACUGCCGCAUUCGAGAGGUCCACUGUGGGACCCAGGUGCGGCUGGUUGUCAUAGCAAUCCGAGACAUCGCCAAAGGGGAGGAGAUAACAGUGGACUACAGCUUGACGGACUGGGGCGAGAAUGCGAUGGAGGAUGAGGCUGGUCCGCACCCACUGUCCCUCUCUGUGUCUGAUUACCUUACCCCCUCCUGGUCAUUAUCACCCUCAUCCUCCCCACUCACCCACUCUGAACCCAGUGACUCUGAUCGUGAGGAGGACGAAGAGGAGGAAGAUGACGAUGAUGAUGACGAUGAUGAAGAGGAGGAAAUUGAAGAAAUACGUGGCCGGAUGCUGCGCCGCCGCAAGAAGCGCAAGCUGCCAGCUGCUGUCAAUUCAAAGAAGAAGAGCGCACCCACCUCCACCAGAGGACCUGGGCGUCCAUGUUCUUCCUUUUCCCGCCCAGCACCUGUUGCACCCCCAGUCAGAUCCCAGUCCCAGCCCCCAGUCAGCACUCUGGCACCCCCGACGACCAACAUCAACAAUAACAUUAACAUAAACAUUGGCAGCUCCAGCGGUGCCACAGUGAGCCGGCGGCAGCACUGCCCGUACUGCGGCCGCCACUAUCGCUCCCUGGCACGGCACCUGGAGAAACACCACGCCAACCAGCCUGAGGUCAGAACAGCCAUGGAGCUGGCACACCUCCACACACACAACUCUUCAAAUGGCAGCGCCACACACCCUCAACCCUCAUCGUCCUCCACCGCCGCUUCUCACAGUCAUUCCUUUGCUGUCCCUCAGCCUUCCGCUUCAAACCCCGCACCGCCCUCUCUCUUCUCCAGGGAGAGGGAAUCACCAGCGACUCGCUCGAGCACAGGUGCCGUCUCAUUCUCCCUCUCGCUUUCACCGCCUUCUUCGGCUCAACCUGCAGCCGCCAAGAAGGGGCCAAGCUUACCACUGCCCGCGGCAAAACGCCCUACACCCCCGAUGGUGUCUCGGGUAAAGAGUCCAUCACCACCUCCCCCAUCUACUCCCCGAAGGGGUCGGAGGAUGAAGAGAGAAAAGCAUGAAGAGCCGCAGAAGGUGGAGGUGGAGAGCUCAAGAAGUCAAGAGGAACUGGUUCCACCUCCCACUCCAGAGCCAGAUAUAGAUCCAGAUGAAGAUCUGGAGCUUAGUGCAGAAGGGGAAGAAGAUGUACCAGAGGAGAAAAAUGGAGAGAUUGUAAGCACACACAGACAUCACAUGUCACCGCUGCUCUCCUCCCUGUCUUGUCUGGUCCUGUACCUCCGCCGCCAGCAGCACUCCUCUUUCCUGUCUUUAACCCGCUCACCUCACUCUGCUGAGGCCUGGCGCCUGCUCUGCCAUUCCAGCCUCUCCCUGCUCAUCCUCUACAACCGCCACCGUGAAUGUGAGGUGGCCAAGCUCACUAUCCAGGACUACCGCAACCGUAUCACCCCACAGAGCAGCUCCAGCACCAGCACCAGCUCCCCCUCUGGCAUGGAAGCCCUCUUGUCACCCUUUGAGCGCCAGGUCCUCAGUCAUCUCCCGCGGGCUGGUGUUUUAGGGAAGCGUGGUCGUAUCCAGCCGCUUAUUCUCCCGCCACACUGUGAGUCCUGCCUGGACCUGCUUCUUCAAACCAGCCCCAAUGUGGGUGUGGACCCAGAGAGCCCCUAUGUCUUCUCCCGGCCAUACCAUUCUCCUGCUACCCCUCUCCGGGGCACGGACCUCCUGAGAAACCUGGCACGAGCCAGCGGGGCCAAGAACCCCGGAGCACUGACAGCAACGCGAGUGCGGCGACAGGUAGCCAUCCUUACCCAACUGCUACUGUUAGAGGAGGGUGAGGGCCAGGGCCAGGGCGGAGCUACCAAACGCUUGGAGGACUUCCUGGAGCGAGAGUACCACGUGACCCAGAACUGCUCCACUAUCAUACGUGAUCCAGCACUCAUGGGUCGUGUGGGUCGUGUUGUUCUUUACGGAGAGAGGGAAGGUGUGCUUUUCAGAGGAAUGAGCCUGCAGCACAUCUGCCUUGAGUUGGACGUGAUGUCUGGAAACUCAGCAGACUCCUUCUCAGAGGAUUCUGAGGCAGAAGAAGAAAAGGAGGAAGUUAAAGAGAAGGCUGAAGUGAUGGUGAAGAAGAAAGGACCAGGCCGACCACCACGGAAGAAGAGAGCACCCAUCCCUUCUCCAGUUACCCCAUCGAUAGCCAAUGUCCAUAAGAGGCGAUGUAUUCCACCCAAAUCAGGGAAGCGUGGAGUGCUGAAGCGUCCCUGGUCAGAGGCGGAGCGUGUAGCAGUGGAGACACACCUGAAGAGAAACCUCAUGGAGCUGCGUGUCCCUGCGAAGGCAGACUGCGAGCGCUGCCUUGAACUCUGCCCUCUGCUGGUCAGCAACCAGCGAGACUGGAGGGCAAUCAAGUUUUACGUCCACAACCGCAUCCAGCUACUGAAGAAGCAGGGGAGGAGGGAAAGUGCUGCCGCAGUCUGCUAGAGCAAAACAAAGAGGUGGCAGAGGACACAUAACCACAAUGUACAAACCACCAGCAAUCACAAUGAAGAGGAAAACUCUUGGCCAUGGUGGAGAGCCGCUUCUCCUUCUUUUCUUUCAUGGAUACAGUACCUGAAGUUAGGUGCUUUCCCAGUCUCAUCACUCUGGUCAUAAGGGAGUAGUGUAAUAAAAGUGACUAAGCUAAGAAACACAUGGGUUGCUCCAGUUAAGAAUCAUUCGUACUCAGUGUCGGGGAUGCCCAGUGUCUGUUUCCGAGAUGUAUUUUUAAGUGGUUGGACAAGAUGUACUUGUAAGUGUGAAUAUGAGUUCAGACACAGUGAAUGCUUUUUUUUUUUUUU